AUGAAAUUUUUUUUUAUUUUAGCUAUUUUCAGUCUUUUCAGCUUCUCUUUUGGAGCAAAACUGAAGAAACCAUUUUUGGGACUUGAGCUACCACCACCGUUUAUUUUUGAUUUUUGUAAAGGGAUGAACAUCCAUUUUCUAAUAAGUGCAGAAGAAGUUAAUAGUAAAGAAUUUUUAAAGCACUUAAUAUAUGCGAUUAUGGGUACAGUAAAUUAUAUGAUAUUAAGUAUAGGCAAUGUUAUUUCAGUUUCAAUUUUUGAUGAAAAGAUAGUAUAUAAAAAUAUUAAAGCUAUUGGGAAGAUAAAAAAACAAUCAUUUGCUAGUGAAAUCGAAGAAGCAUAUAACAAAUAUGUUCAUUACGAAGCAAAAGAAACCAACUUGAAAAAUUCAAUAAUAGACUAUCAUGAAAAUGUUAUAUUAAGCGAUCCAGUAAUGAAAAAUCAAAAAAAUGUUCUCAUUAUUUGCAAGGCAUUUGAUGAAAAAGAUUUAACAGAUUACAGUGAUGAAACAGUAAAUUUUAUUAGGGAUAAAAGAGACCAAAAUUUAGGCAUUUAUUUUAUUUCAGAAAAUACUUUAUAUUCUUCUAAUAUAGUUUAUAAACUUUCAGAAACGAGGCUCGAUGAAGACGGGCUUUAUCCUCUUGCGCAUUUGCUUUCUGGUUAUUAUGAUAAUAGACUAGUUAUCAGUGUAAAGAAAUUUUGCUAUCAUUUAACAUAUGGAUCACUUUGCACUAAAUAUAAUGACUGGAGUGAUUGGUUUGGCUCAUGUGAAUUUAGGCAACGACGAAAAGAAAUCCCUUUAAAUAUUACUCGAACAGAAGCCAGUAAUUUUUUACGUUAUUAUACCCCAACUUGCAGUAAUGCUUUUGAUUAUACAAUAUCCGUUAAAGAAGAUUUUAAAAUUGAUUGUCCUAAUGUAAUAUAUAAUUGUAGGGGUACAUGCGAUGCUGGCUAUAAAUUUAAACCUUAUGUUUCAGAUAAUGAAAUUGUAGAACGCUACGUAGAAUGUAAGGAUUUGCCACCUUGUACAGAAGAACAAAGAAAUAGUAGAGAUGAAUAUGAACACAUACAUAUAAUAAAGGAUCUUAACGAUAAAGCACAAGAAACAGAAUAUCAAGACAUUAUUGAACGAAGAGUUAUAGAAAAAAAGCGAAAAGGCGAAACAGAAGCCCAAGCUAGUGCACGAAAAGUUAAAGAAAUAAAUGCAUUCAUAGACAACCGAGUAAAGGUAAUGUUAAACAAGCAAUAUGCUCUUUUAAAUAUUAACCCUCCCGGAUAUGAAGAAGAAACAAAAGGAAACUCAGAAGAUCUCACUGAUACAAGAAAAAUUUCGGAAAUAUUACCUCCCAAAUACACAGUACCUGAUAAUCCUACCUUAAAAAAACAUCCUUCAGAAGAUACCUAUUCAAAAAAAGAAGGAGACAACCGCGAAGCCCAUAAAGAUGGCCAAGUGAUCAAGGUAAUUGAAAAGGAUCACCUUAAACAAAAUGGUGAAGUGGAGAAGAAAAUAUCCGAAACUAAUAACGAUUCAGAUGGAAAUAUUACUAAAAAUCCAACCGAUAUACAAAUAUUAGAAAAAAAACAAUUAAAAGGAAAUAAUAAGCAUACUGAUGAUUCCAUCGAUGGCGCGCAAGAUUGGGAUAAAUAUGAAGGAAAUGUAAUUGUCGAAAAUAAAGAAAUGAAAGGCAUUGAUAAAAAUACCGACAAAAUAACAAUUGAUAAUAAUAUGAAGGUUGAUAACACAUAUGAAAUGAAAGGUGCGCUCAUAUAUACAACUGUAGAACGCGAAGGAAAUAAUGGGAGUGUAGAACCUAAUAAACAAAAAUUGUCAAAAGAAAAAGAAGAAUUAGAAUCAAAUAAAGAGAAAAAUGAAGACAAACAAAUAUUUCCAGAUAAAACAAAAAGUGAAACUGAAAAAAAGGACAAAGAAAUUAUUAGAGACCAAGAAUUGAAUAAAAUAACACAAAACGGAAAUGUAGAAAAUAUAGUAGAAGUUAUACCUGCGCAUGAAACUAAAACAGUAGAAGAGUAUAAACCUCUCGAUGAAAGUAGAGUAGUAGAAGAAGUUAUACCUGUACAUGAAACUAAAACAGUAGAAGAGUAUAAACCUCUCGAUGAAAGUAGAGUAGUAGAAGAAGUUAUACCUGUACAUGAAACUAAAACAGUAGAAGAGUAUAAACCUCUAUAUGAAAGUAGAGUAAUAGAAGAGCAUAAGCCUUUAGAUGAAACUAAAACAGUAGAAGAGUAUAAACCUCUCGAUGAAAGUAGAGUAGUAGAAGAAGUUAUACCUGUAAAUGAAACUAAAACAGUAGAAGAGUAUAAACCUCUAUAUGAAAGUAGAGUAAUAGAAGAGUAUAAGCCUUUAGAUGAAACUAAAACAGUAGAAGAGUAUAAACCUCUAUAUGAAAGUAGAGUAAUAGAAGAGUAUAAGCCUUUAGAUGAAACUAAAACAGUAGAAGAGUAUAAACCUCUAUAUGAAAGUAGAGUAAUAGAAGGGUAUAAGCCUUUAUAUGAAACUAAAACAGUAGAAGAGUAUAAACCUCUAUAUGAAAGUAGAGUAAUAGAAGAGCAUAAGCCUUUAGAUGAAACUAAAACAGUAGAAGAGUAUAAACCUCUAUAUGAAAGUAGAGUAAUAGAAGAGCAUAAGCCUUUAGAUGAAACUAAAACAGUAGAAGAGUAUAAACCUCUCGAUGAAAGUAGAGUAGUAGAAGAAGUUAUACCUGUAAAUGAAACUAAAACAGUAGAAGAGUAUAAACCUCUCAAUGAAAGUAGAGUAAUAGAAGAGUAUAAGCCUUUAGAUGAAACUAAAACAGUAGAAGAGUAUAAACCUCUCGAUGAAAGUAGAGUAGUAGAAGACGUUAUACCUGUACAUGAAACUAAAACAGUAGAAGAGUAUAAACCUCUCGAUGAAAGUAGAGUAGUAGAAGAAGUUAUACCUGUACAUGAAACUAAAACAGUAGAAGAGUAUAAACCUCUAUAUGAAAGUAGAGUAGUAGAAGACGUUAUACCUGUACAUGAAACUAAAACAGUAGAAGAGUAUAAACCUCUCGAUGAAAGUAGAGUAGUAGAAGAAGUUAUACCUGUACAUGAAACUAAAACAGUAGAAGAGUAUAAACCUCUAUAUGAAAGUAGAGUAAUAGAAGAGCAUAAGCCUUUAGAUGAAACUAAAACAGUAGAAGAGUAUAAACCUCUCGAUGAAAGUAGAGUAAUAGAAGAGUAUAAGCCUUUAGAUGAAACUAAAACAGUAGAAGAGUAUAAACCUCUCGAUGAAAGUAGAGUAGUAGAAGACGUUAUACCUGUACAUGAAACUAAAACAGUAGAAGAGUAUAAACCUCUCGAUGAAAGUAGAGUAGUAGAAGAAGUUAUACCUGUACAUGAAACUAAAACAGUAGAAGAGUAUAAACCUCUAUAUGAAAGUAGAGUAAUAGAAGAGCAUAAGCCUUUAGAUGAAACUAAAACAGUAGAAGAGUAUAAACCUCUCGAUGAAAGUAGAGUAGUAGAAGAAGUUAUACCUGUACAUGAAACUAAAACAGUAGAAGAGUAUAAACCUCUAUAUGAAAGUAGAGUAAUAGAAGAGCAUAAGCCUUUAGAUGAAACUAAAACAGUAGAAGAGUAUAAACCUCUCGAUGAAAGUAGAGUAGUAGAAGACGUUAUACCUGUACAUGAAACUAAAACAGUAGAAGAGUAUAAACCUCUCGAUGAAAGUAGAGUAGUAGAAGAAGUUAUACCUGUACAUGAAACUAAAACAGUAGAAGAGUAUAAACCUCUCGAUGAAAGUAGAGUAGUAGAAGAAGUUAUACCUGUAAAUGAAACUAAAACAGUAGAAGAGUAUAAACCUCUAUAUGAAAGUAGAGUAAUAGAAGAGUAUAAGCCUUUAGAUGAAACUAAAACAGUAGAAGAGUAUAAACCUCUAUAUGAAAGUAGAGUAAUAGAAGAGUAUAAGCCUUUAGAUGAAACUAAAACAGUAGAAGAGUAUAAACCUCUAUAUGGAAGUAGAGUAAUAGAAGAGUAUAAGCCUUUAGAUGAAACUAAAACAGUAGAAGAGUAUAAACCUCUAUAUGAAAGUAGAGUAAUAGAAGGGUAUAAGCCUUUAUAUGAAACUAAAACAGUAGAAGAGUAUAAACCUCUAUAUGAAAGUAGAGUAGUAGAAGAAGUUAUACCUGUAAAUGAAACUAAAACAGUAGAAGAGUAUAAACCUCUCGAUGAAAGUAGAGUAGUAGAAGACGUUAUACCUGUACAUGAAACUAAAACAGUAGAAGAGUAUAAACCUCUCGAUGAAAGUAGAGUAGUAGAAGAAGUUAUACCUGUACAUGAAACUAAAACAGUAGAAGAGUAUAAACCUCUAUAUGAAAGUAGAGUAGUAGAAGAAGUUAUACCUGUAAAUGAAACUAAAACAGUAGAAGAGUAUAAACCUCUCGAUGAAAGUAAAGUAGUAGAAGACGUUAUACCUGUACAUGAAACUAAAACAGUAGAAGAGUAUAAACCUCUCGAUGAAAGUAGAGUAGUAGAAGAGUAUAAACCUCUCGAUGAAAGUAGAGUAGUAGAAGAAGUUAUACCUGUACAUGAAACUAAAAUAGUAGAAGAGUAUAAACCUCUAUAUGAAAGUAGAGUAAUAGAAGAGUAUAAGCCUUUAGAUGAAACUAAAACAGUAGAAGAGUAUAAACCUCUAUAUGAAAGUAGAGUAAUAGAAGAGCAUAAGCCUUUAGAUGAAACUAAAACAGUAGAAGAGUAUAAACCUCUCGAUGAAAGUAGAGUAGUAGAAGAGUAUAAACCUCUCAAUGAAAGUAGAGUAGUAGAAGAAGUUAUACCUGUACAUGAAACUAAAACAGUAGAAGAGUAUAAACCUCUAUAUGAAAGUAGAGUAAUAGAAGAGCAUAAGCCUUUAGAUGAAACUAAAACAGUAGAAGAGUAUAAACCUCUCAAUGAAAGUAGAGUAGUAGAAGAAGUUAUACAUGCACAUGAAACUAAAACAGUAGAAGAGUAUAAACCUCUCGAUGAAAGUAGAGUGAUAGACGAACAUAAACUGUUCGAUGAAAAUAGAGUAGUAGAAGAAGUUAUACCUGCACAUGAAACUAAAAAAGUAGAAGAGUAUAAACCUCUAUAUGAAAGUAGAGUAAUAGAAGAGCAUAAGCCUUUAGAUGAAACUAAAACAGUAGAAGAGUAUAAACCUCUCGAUGAAAGUAGAGUAGUAGAAGAAGUUAUACCUGUACAUGAAACUAAAACAAUAGACGAACAUAAACCUCUCGAUGAAAGUAGAGUAAUAGAAGAAGAUAUACCUGCAUAUGAAACUAAAACAGUAGACAAACAUAAACUUUUCGAUGAAAGUAGAGUAGUAGAAGAAGUUAUACCUGCAUAUGAAAGUAAAACAGUAGAUGAGCGUAAGCUAGUUGAUUCUAUCGAUGCUAAUGACAUUAUUGGUAAGGGGGAAAGUAUUUAUGACAAUAAAAUUAUUCAGGGAAAUGAUGAGUGGAUUUCAGAUAAAGAUGAGGCAAUUGAAAAUUUAGAUGGAUACGAAUCAACUAAAUCCACAAAUUAUAGUGAUAAUAGUGAUGAUAAUGAAGAAGGGAAAAGUAUUUUCCCAAAUAAAAAUAUAGACUUAUCAACGAGUAAUGUUAUUAAUGAUCAAUCUAAAAUAAUAUACACAGAUAAAAGUGUAAAUAAAACUAUAAAUAGCGAUCCUAAUGAGAAUAUACAUACGGAAUCAAGAAAGGAAGAUAUUCAAAAAGAAAGUGAAAAUAAUAAAGAUAUGAUAAGUCAUAUACCUGAUGAUAGAAUUAUACACAGAGUAGCAAACAAUGGCGAGAAAAAAUUAUUAAUAGAUGAAAAAAAUAUUGAAGAUAUAUUAGGAAAAGACCUUAAUGUUGAUAAUUCAGAAGGUGGGAGCAAUGAAUACAAUACUAUAGACAUGGAACACAAAGAGGAUAGCACUUUAGACGAACAUAAUAAUAUAGAAAAAAAUGAUAACAAUGGAAAAAUAAGCGAACACAGUUCUGAAGACAAAUCAUAUACUAUAGAUAUUAAAGUGGACAGAGAUACAUUACCACAUGAUAGUAUUAAUAUACAAAAAACAAAAGACGAAGCUGCUAUAAAGAAAGAAGAAGCUGACACAAAGAAAGACGAAGCUGCUAUAAAGAAAGAAGAAGUUGAUAUAAAGAAAGGCGAAGCUGCUAUAAAGAAAUACGAAGUUGAUAUAAAGAAAGGCGAAGCCGUUAUAAAGAAAGAAGAAGCUGACACAAAGAAAGACGAAGCUGCUAUAAAGAAAGAAGAAGUUGAUAUAAAGAAAGACGAAGCUGCUAUAAAGAAAGAAGAAGUUGAUAUAAAGAAAGACGAAGCUGCUAUAAAGAAAUACGAAGUUGAUAUAAAGAAAGGCGAAGCCGCUAUAAAGAAAGAAGAAGCUGUGUCUAUGCAUAAUGAAAUAGACCCCAAAAAACUAAUAAUAGAAGAUAAUACUAAUUGCCCACCAAAUAUAACUACUAUAAAAGAAAAAUGUGACGAAGUUCCUAAAAAAUCCGAUGUAAAUCCAGAACGUACAAUUAUAAAAGACAAAGACUAUGUAUCUACAGAAAAAUCUAAUAUCGAAAAAAACGACGUAAUUGAUAAUAGUGAUGACUUUAGUAUAAAUGAAAUAAUUAGUGCUGUAGUAAAUGAACAUGUUAAUAGUAACGACGCUGAAAGUAAAUAUGAUACAAACGAAAAGCUAGGCAUACUAGAUGAUUUCGUAGAAAAAUCAAAAAAAGCUUCAGGUGAAAAAAAUGAUUAUCCUUAUAAAUAUUAUUCAGAUACAAAAAGCAUUCAUAAAAUUUUUUUCAAAAAAUCACAAGGUAAAAUCGAUGAAAAUAAAUAUAUGAUCGUUGGGCAAAAUAAUUAUAUUAUAGAUUCCAAAGAUAUUAAAAAUCCUUUUCACAAAAAUAUGUCUAACAAUGUUGAUAAAAUUUUAGGAGAACAAAUUCAAAAAGACAUAAAAAGCACAUUUGAAGGUUAUAACAAUGACGAAAAAGAAAAAAGCAAAUCAUCUAAUAAUAGAAUAUUAAAACUUGCGGGUAUGUCAUUAUUCGGUGCUGUAUUCAUAGUCUUUAUGUCUAUGUACAUGCUUAAAAAAAUUAAUUCUUACAAACUUAACGAAAAUACCAUUAUGAAUUUCGAGUAUGAUGAGGCUCCAAAAAAUAUAAUAAACAAUGAUAAAGGAGAGGAAGUAACCUGUGGUGAUAUUAGUUAUGUCAAUGAUGAUUGGUCAUAG